CACCCAUGGUGUCGUCAGCGAGCACAGAGAGGAACCCGCUCGGGUGGAUGGGUGGGCUUUCGCAGGAUUGACGGCCGCGGGAACCAUUCCAAGUAGAAGAAGCGGAAGAAUGACACCGGAAGGAGCCAAUCUGCUGGCGCUGCUCCUGCGGAGGGUGGGCCAGACUGGUCGGCGAGCUGCUGGUGUUGGCUGCAGUUCCUCAGGCUUAGAAUGGAAAGAGUGAAUACGUGAGAUUGUCUGGCCAUGGGAAGGAGAAGAUGCCUGCUCCAAGGGUGCCAGUGCUGGCAGCAAGAUCAAUGGAUCUCUUCUAUUCCAGGAGACAUGGAGGUCUAUUUGUGGUUGGAGCUACCUGACUAGAUAAAGUAUAGAUCAGUCUGCUAUGAAAGUACCUUCUAUGAAGAAGACUGCCUGAUGGCUUAGUUUCUCUGAAUGUAUCACGUUGUCACGAUAAGCCUUUUUAUGAAAUUAAAAACCAAAACCAAUAUUUUUCUGGUUUCCGGGUUUGGCUUGGAAUUUUUAUCCCCUUCUUUGUCAAUUCAGGUGGGCCAUUAUCUGUUGCUAAUUUUAAUUGGAAUUGUGGAAGCAAAAUCCUGCAAUAGCAAAACACUGGAAUGUUUCCUUAAGCUUUAAAAUAGGCAAGCUUGACUCAAAUUUGCAGUAAGGGCACUUUAUGCAUCUGUAGCAGUAUAAAUAGCUCUUUAAAUAGGUGUAAAUAAAAUAUGUUCAAGUUUAAAGUUUCUUCAUGUUGGCAAAGUGGAGUAAAAUAUUGUAAAAAAUAGUGAAGACCAACAUACCAUACAAACAAUGCACUUCAGUAUAGGGAUUUUCACCAGAAGAACUUGGCUGCUGAAAGGGAGAUUGCACUGUCUUCAAUUUAAAUCAGUUCUGAAGCCAGUUAAUUUACGCCACUGUAAAUGAAGCUCACAGUGUGCAGCAUAUGCUGUAAGCAAACAUACAGCUUCCUAAGCAAGACUAGAGGUACAAGAUAAAAUCAGUAUCGACUAAACACUCAAAGUUGCACUGUCACCAAACCAUCUCUAAAUGACCCUAUUUGGUAAGCCCUAGCAAUCCUGUGAUUAGGCCAGGCUGUCGGUGUUUGUUUGUAUUCUGUUAUUUUACUCCAGAAUGCCUAAUGGGAAUCCACUUAGAAAGUAGUCUAGGAGCCUUUAUCUCCCUUCCACUGUAAGCUGUAGAAAGACCACUGGUCUGCUUUGAGUUUGCGGGUUUGUAGUAUACAGGUGAGCCUUUUGGAAUCUAAAAAUAUGUAACAAAGUUUUCCUUUUCCAUCUUCAUUUUACACAAAAUUUUAAGAGCUUGGGGUUUUUUUUAGGGUAAGCCUAGGACUAGUCUUUUCUCUUGAAUGACCAUUAAAAAUUUUAACACACUCCUUGGUGUGCUUCCUGUGGACUUUACUGAAAAAAUUCAUACAGUUUCAGGAAUAGAUUGAAGAAACCAUGGCCAAUCAACGGGAUUACAUUAGCAGACCUAUUUGCAAUGGAAUUUCUGUUCCUGAAAAUAAAAUCAAUUCCUUAGUGGCUGAAGGUCAUGGACAACAAAUUCUAAAAGUACUACAAAAGUUCAGAGAACAAAAUAUAUUUUUUGACUUUAAAAUUCUUGUGAAAGAUGAAAUAAUUCCUUGUCAUCGUUGUGUACUGGCAGCGUGCAGUGAUUUUUUCAGAGCCAUGUUUGAAGUUAAUAUGAAAGAACGAGAUGAUGGCAAUGUUACUAUUAGUAAUCUAUCACCCAAGGCAGUGAAAGCUUUUCUUGAUUAUGCUUACACAGGAAAAACAGAGAUAACAAAUGAUAAUGUGGAAAUGCUCUUCCAACUGUCGUCAUUUCUUCAAGUUUCACUCCUUUCCAAAGCUUGCAGUGACUUUUUAAUAAAAAGUAUUGAUCUUGUGAAUUGCUUACAGUUGCUUUCUCUAUCAGAAAGUUACGGUUCUGUCCGCUUAUUUGAUCAUGCACUCGAUUUUGUACAGCACCACUUUUCCUUGCUGCUCAGAUCAAGUGAUUUUCUGGAGAUGAAUUUUGAGAUACUACAAAAAUGUCUUGAGGCUGAUGAACUAGAUGUCCCUGAGGAAGAAUCAGUGUUGAAAGCUGUCCUUCAGUGGACCAAACACAACUUAGAAACACGACAGAAAUACCUGCCUAAUUUGAUUAGAAAAGUGAGACUACACCAGUUACCUGAAAAGACUUUGCAGGACUUUCUACAUUCUGAAGAACACUUACUUAAGAGUGCUAAUUGCUCAAUAAUAAUCAAUGAUGCAGUUAAAAGUGUGCAAAACUUUAGUGGACUGUUUCCAGAUGCACGUCCUUCAACAACAGAAAAAUAUAUAUUUGUUCAUAAAACUGAUGAAGAUGGAGAAAACAGACAUACAUUCUGCUACAACAUCAAAACAGAUAAAUGGAAAGAACUACCACAUACGCACAUGAUUGAUCUUCCAGGGUCAAGUUUAUCUAGCUAUGGAGAAAAAAUAUUUAUAACUGGAGGAUGCAAAGGGAAUUGUUAUAGGACUGUCAGGCUUCACAUUGCUGAACCAUUCCAUGAUGCCACUGACCAAACCUGGUGCUACUGUCCAGUCAGCAAUGAAUUCUCCAUAGUGUCAGCUAUGAAAAAACCAAGGACAAUGCACACAUCUGUUGUAACCUUAAAUCAGCUGUUUGUAAUAGGUGGAAAGACCAGAGGAGCUCAAGAGACCCGAAGUCUUUUGGAUGUAGAAUCCUAUAAUCCUCUUUCCAAAGAUUGGAAAUCUGUAAGCCAAUUACCAAGAGGUAUCUACUAUCCAGAAGCAAGCGCAUGUCAGAAUAUAAUUUACGUCCUUGGCUCAGAAGUUGAGAUUACUGAUGCCUUUAAUCCAUCUCUUGACUGUUUCUUUAAGUAUAAUGCUAUGACUGAUCAGUGGUCUGAGCUUGUAGCAGAAUUUGGGCAGUUUUUCCAUGCAACUCUCAUCAAAGCCGUUCCAGUGAACUGUACAUUGUACAUAUGUGAUCUCUCCACCUACAAGGUCUACAGUUUUUGCCCAGAAACCUGUGUUUGGAAAGGGGAAGGAUCUUUUGAAUGUGCUGGCUUUAAUGCAGGGGCAGUUGGGACAGAAGACAAAAUUUAUAUAUUAGGUGGUGAUUAUGCUCCAGAAGAAAUCACAGAUGAAGUUCAAGUCUACCAUAGCAGUAGGUCUGAGUGGGAAGAAGUUUCACCAAUGCCAAGAGCCUUAACUGAGUUUUACUGUCAGGUCAUUCAGUUUAAUAAAUAUAGGGAUCCCUGGUCAUCUGUACUGACAAUUUGCUCUGGAGAAUUUUGAAACUCCCAAGUCAAAAGAAUCUAUUUAAAUGCACAAGUUUUAGAACAGCUUUUUAGGUAUUAAUUUACAGAUGGAAAAAUAUGUACUGUUUUGUUUAAAUCUUCAGUUUAAAUUGUAUGCUGUAGAAUUGCUUUUGGAAGACUCCAUUAAAUUCUCAUUCAUGCUACUCAUUAUCUAGAAAGUAUUACUUCAUUUUAUAUGCAAGUGUUCUCUGUAAUUAUCUGAAUAAUUUUCAAAAUAUUACUUUUCAAAAAAGCAUAAUCAUGAGGAAUUCAUUGUGUAAUAUGUGCCAUUAUUUCUGUAAUAUUCACAGUUGUCCCA